AUGCCCAGUGCCCUGCAGCCAGUAUUCCAGGGGGAGAAUGUCUAUUUUAUGAAUAGGAAGAUCAAGCUCACUGGGAAUUGGGACUCGAGACGAACUGAGAAGUCGGAGUCAUUUGAGAUUGUCACUGUUCCAGUCCAAAUUGAAGAGUAUCACUCUGAUGCUCCACUAGAAAGUGAGACGAUCGAAGAGUACGUCAAGUUCAUCCACCUCCAAGGCAAACACAGUAUGCAGUACCUGACUCUAUACUACAGUGGACUUGGACCGUUGGGCACACUGGUGGAGGAGUAUCUGACUGAUCCGCAGCAAAAUAGCAUCGCAACCUUGCAGCUCGUUGUUCCCCUUCGAAAAGGCUUUGGAGCUCGAGGAAAUGCAUUCCGCGACCAGCUGGACGUCUACAAGCCACAGUUGCGAUACCUAGAUCAUUCUGAAUUUGCCAAAGAGUACCUUCCGCCGACCAAGCAAGCAACGGCUUCUCUUGCAGACAUUAUCCCUUUUAGUGUCUGCACGAUUGUGUCGCAACCAAGUCUCACCAAUAAUUCAGACAUCCAAUUGGAUUUGCGCAAAAUACUUUCCUUCCCAUGGCUUUUGCAGGAACAGCCGCAAUGGAAAGUAUGCGCACUGGUUCACGGCCGCGACGCCAUCGAGGCUUUCCGGCCAAUUGCCGAGACAGCCCACGACCUGGGAAUCAAGCUGAUUGUACUGGAUCGCCCCAGCCAUUGGCUACUCACAGACCCCAAGUAUAAAACACUAUACGAAGAGUUCGGGCCAAUUGACAUGACCAUCGAUGAGGAUUUCCCAGGGCGAAUUGCAAAAGCCGUUCAGGCGGUAGCCACACGCAGGGGACACAUUGAUGGCAUCUGCACCGUGUCUGACCGCUGUCUCCUGCCUGUUGCCAAAGCUGCCACCGCACUUAACCUUCCCACCGAGCCGCCUCACGCGUUCGCGACUGCCAUCGACAAAGCGGCUAGCCGCCAGCUCUGCGCGGACGAAGGCAUCUCAUUCCUCGCCGUCCAGCAUCGCGCCGAAAUCAAGGCUCGCCUCAAGGACGGCACAUUCCACGCACAAUACCCGCUCAUUGUCAAGCCAUCAACUGGAUGGAGCUCCGAGCACGUUUUCAGAGUGAAAAACGAGGAAGAGCUCUGUCUGGCAGCAGAACGGGUCGCAACAAGACGCAACACCAAGAUACUCAUCGAGCCAUUUGUUGACGGGCCUGAGGUGGACGCUAAUUUCGUGCUUUGUGAUGGGGACCUUCUUUUCUUUGAGACAUCAGAUGACUUUCCGAGUCCUGCAGAUGGUCCCGGGGCAGGAAUGGACUCGAACUUCUUUGAGAACGCCAAUGUACUCCCAUCGGGGUUGCCGCAGGUUGAGGUUGACCUGAUCCGUACCCGACUUCAUCAGCUUCUGCUCAACGUGGGCUUCCGAACGGGCGUUUUCCAUCUCGAGGCUCGGAUCAUGGACUCAUCGAUGGAAUACGCUGAAGAUGAAGCUGGCAUCCUUGAUCUUCGGCCUCGUCUUCCUUCUACUGGGGAAAAGAGUAGCAAUGGUUCAAGUAAUGCAAAAUGCUUCUUGAUCGAAAUUAACCCCCGACCGCCUGGUUUCCCGUGUGUGUACUCCACGCGCCUGACAUACGGGAUCGACUACUUUGCUUUGCACCUCCUCGGGGCGAUUGGAGAUAAAGCGCGGAUUAGGGGUCUCGGACACUCUUUUUGGGAUCGCGUGCCAGUCUUCUCUCCAUCGGCCGAGGGAGGACGAUUAUGGAGCAGCAUCGCAUUUAUUGCUACCGAUAAAGCCGGUGGCAUCUGUGACUCCGAAGAUCCAGUUGAGGAUCUGCUCACGCGCUGCCCAUCGUUGAGGCCUCCCCCAUGCGACACCGGAACAAUUGGUGUUUUUGGGUUUCUUCUUGGUGCUGUCGAGGUCAUCGCGUGA